AUGUCGGUUUUAUUACCAUCAUCAUCAUCAUCAGUGGAUCAGUUGAUUAAGCAAGUGUAUUCUCAAGUACAUUAUGCGUUAAAUUAUGAAGAGAAAAUGAACUCAUCAAAUACGAGCUCCGAUCAACUCUAUGAAGCUCUUGCAAACUAUGGAAAGGCUAUUCAAUUAAUUGGAAGCAUGCUGCAAUCAAAGGAUGUAUUGAACGGUCUAUUUAAUUCCAACUAUGUGGAUCGGUUGAAAAUGAUCUAUGAAAAGUGUUCCGAGAGAACGAUACUUUUACUCCAACAACAAAAUAAUAGAAUGAAUACAAUCACUUCUGAUUCAACAACAACAACAACAACAACUAGCAGCUCUUCCAAUCCAACAACCCUUUCCAGUUCUCCGAAAAUGAAACCUUUCUAUGAUUGGAUCAAUAAUGCAAGAAGUAUGGUCUUGGGAGCAGAUAACUCGUCAUCUUUAAAUACUCAACAACAAUCGAGCGAAGGAAUUACUGCUACAAAUCAAGUUCCGAUUGAAAGAUUGAACGAACAGUUCAACCUUACCAAAGCAAAAUUGAUGAAAUUGGACGCAGAACAAAACGAGCUCAUGAAACGAAUUAAUGACCACUCACAACAGCAAAGUGGAGAGAAUUAUUUGAAAAUGAAGAGAAAAUUUCAAGAAAAAGCAAGAAUGAAGGAACAAACAGAAAAGGAGCUCAUUGACAUUGAUCAACAACGGGCUCACUUCUAUAACAAAGAAUUAGAGCUUGCAAAUACUCUCCAUAGGAAAGUGGACGUCAUUGAAAAUUAUAUUGAAAACAACAUGUAUGAUUCAAGUGGAGGCAUGAACAAUGAUGUGGAGUCUUUUACAGACGUUGGACCAAAUGCGCUUCUUGAAAGCAAAGGCUAUGAUGCCAUGUGGCUUCAAUUCAUUCAUGACAAUUUUCAUGCAUCCUCUCUUUCUCAAGAAGCUCAAGACUAUGAACACAAAUGGCUAAAUCAAUUGAACAUUAUCAACCAAAGUCAAGAUCUUUAUUACUUUAUUCUUGGAUAUGUUAUGAAUGUUCAAGAUCAUCCAAUCUCUAUUCUUAUUGAAAAAUUUGCACACAAGUUUAAACUCGAUUUUUCAUUUUCAGAAGAAACACCAACAAUUACAGCAGACUUUGCAGUCUUGUAUGUGAAAGAAUUUUGUGCUAACUUUGCCACUUAUUUAGUGGAUUCGUUUUGGAAACAUUCUUUAGUGCUUUCCAAGAACAGGAACUUUCUCUACAGCGCCAUUUGCCAAACAACGAUCAUCAAAAUUGAAAAGGAAAUUAUGGCAUUAUAUUUGAACAAGCAUGAAGCAAAAUUAAUUCAAGAACGAUUGACCCAAUUUCGAACUAUUUCACUUCUUGAUUUGGGCACAGAUCCUCAACUAUGUUGUGAAAAUCUUUAUCAGCCCAUAAUCAAUCGUCUAAGGGAAAUUAGCAAGACGCAAUUGCUUAGUGAGAAAAUUAAGCUUGCAAAGGAGGUCUUUUCGAGCGUUGUAGACAUUGCAACAAAGCAUACCAGUAUCCAGUAUCAAGAAUUUGAGCACAAGCUACUCCCUGUUUUUAUUUACAUUAUUGUGAAAGCUAACAUUCCAACCAUUUUCGCCAUCUUUGAUUUUAUGAUUGAUUUCUCACAUAAUGCAAGCAACAGUACUAUUUUCCCCUUUGAUGGCACAUAUUGGGAUGCUAUUUCAACUCUCAAAUCUGCCAUGCUUCAACUUUUAACGCUACUACCAAAUCCUUCAAGUGGCCACACCACAGCAUCAGUGAAUACAGAACACUAUACUCUGGAUUCCGAUAUCGAGCAGGAAUUUGAAAUGCUAUCUCAUGACAAACCACGAACAUCUCUAGAAAAACAUUCUGAUAUCGAUACAACGCCUAAAACAAAUCUUUUGGAUAGAUAUAAGAAAUUAAUGAAAAAAUAA